AUGUUAAAUAUUUUGAAGAAUACAUUAAUUAUAUAUUUAGGCCUUCUUGGUCUAAGUUUGAUAAGCAUUUUGGUUAUUUGUUUAGAUUCUGAAUAUGAAAGUCAUUGUCCAUAAAUGGCUAUAAAAAUAAUGAAAAGCAUUUCCAAUUUACAAAUUGUGGAUGAAGUGAAAAUGGCCAUAAUUCCAAUAAUUAAAGAAUUGCCUAUAAAAUGGAUAAAACCUUUAGUUAUGAGUUCUUUGAUGAUGGCUUUAGCUUUUGUCAUAUCUUUGCUUUAUAAUAUGAUGUAAAAUAUAGAUGUAAUUUUAAGUAAGGUAGCGUAUAGUUUGAUAAUGAGUGUAUUCUGUGUUAUUUUGAUAAUUGUUUUAAUAUCCUUAAGUUUGGGUAUUGGAAUGAAUUCCUUAGAUAUUCAAAAAAUUGCGUAACAAUACUUGGAGCAAAUCAAAUUAUUAAACUAAUGA